UUUUCAAAUGAAAAAAUUAUCACUUUGUGCAAUUUCUCAUGACCAAAUUGCACUGGUGGGAUCCCCUGCAACAUGAUUCAGAUCCAGCACCAAGAAAUCACAUCUGCAAAUCUGAUGUAGCCUCCAACUUUGAUCAAGUAGAGAAACUGAUGGAAGAAGGAAUUGGAUUUUUCCAAAGCCAGAAUUCAGGCAGUGAAGGUGGCUUUAAAAAACAAGAAAUGCUCUCCAUGCAACAUAUCUGCAGGAAAGACACAUUUACAAUCAUAUCAUUGAAGCCAAAUUCUAAUACUCAAGAGAAUGGAAUUAUGUGUAGCAAAUUGCCAGAAGAUUUUACUCAACCUGUGUUAAAUCACAAGGGUAAGAAAACCUACUUCAGCAAUCUAUUUGGAAAACCUCUCAAUGACCAGUCAUCUUUUAAUCAACAAAAGCAUUUUCACACUAGAAGUAAAUCAUAUGAAUGUCUUCUAAUUGGUAAAUCCUUUUUUGAAAGCUCUGUUCUUACACAUUACAAUGGAACUCGCAUUGGAGAGAAACCCUGUAAAUAUCAUCUGUGUGAGAAAGCCUCUACUCAUAAUUCUGGCAUCAGAGUACAUGAGAGACCACAUACUGGAGAGAAACCUUCUGAAUGUCACCUACCUGAGAAAGCCUUAACUCAUUUCUCUACCUUGAGACAACAUGAGAGAACUCACAUUGGAAAGAAACCAUAUGAAUGCCAUCUAUGUGGGAAAGACUUCACUCGAUGUUUUUCCCUUAGAGUUCAUGAGAGAACUCACACUGGAGAGAAACCUUAUGAAUGUCAUUUCUGUGGGAAAGCCUUCACUUGAUGUUUCAUCCUUAGAGCUCAUGAGAGAACUCACACUGAAGAGAAACAUGAUUGUCCUCUGUGUGGGAAAGCCUUUACUUAUCUCUCUUCCCUAAAAUGACAUGAGAGAACUCACACUGGAGAAAAACCAUAUGAAUGCCAUCUAUAUGGGAAAGUCUUCACCCAUUCUUCUUAUCUUAGAGAACACGAGAGGACUCAUGCUGGUGAGAAACCACAUGGAUGUCUUCAAUGUGGGAAAGCCUUCACUCAAUAUGGUAACCUGAGACAACAUGAGAGAACUCACACUGGAGAGAAACCUUAUGAAUAUCAUCUAUGUGGGAAAGCCUUCAGUCAUUUCUCUAGCUUGAGACGACAUGAGAGAACUCACACUGCAGAGAGACUAUGAAUGCCAUCUAUGUGGAAAAGUCUUCACUCACUGUUCUUCCCUUAGAAGACAUGAGAGAACUCACCAGAGAGAAAAUGUCAUCUAUGUGAGAAGGUCUUCACCUGUUAUUCCAGCCUUAGAGUACAUAACACACACACAUGAGAGAAACACUAUCAAUGUCUUUUGUGUGGGAAACCUGUCACACUAUGUUCCUCCGAGACAACAUGAAAGAACUGACACUGGAGAGAAACUUUAUUAAUCUCAUCAAUGUCUGAAAGCCUUCAUCCACUCUUCUGGUUUUAGAAAACAUGACAAAAUAUUGAGGGGAAAGUUACCAUAAGAAUAUUAUCUACUUGGGAAACUUAGUUUAUUUUUGUAAACUUAGACAACAUGAGAGAACUUGAAUUGAGUGAAACCUUAUGAAUGGUAUAUGUGAAAGGCUUCAGCCAAUGUUUACUUAUUAGAUUACGUGAGAGAACUCAUACCACAAAUGAUUUGAAUAUUGAAGGGAUUUCAGCCCUUGAGUUAUCCUUCAAACAUACCAGACAACUCACACACUGAGGAAACAUUUGUAAUCAAUCUGGUAGAGCUUUAAAUCAUUCUUUCUACAUCAAUGUAAGCCAGUUCAUACAGGAGAGAAUCAAUAUAAUGUCACCUUUGUGGCAAAGAAUUUAGUAAGAAGGUCUGAUAAUAUACAGUUUGAGAGAACUCAUGUUAUACAUUUAAUGAAAGUUGGAGGGUCUUCAUCCUCUGCUCCUAUUGAUAGACAAAUCUUUACCAGAUGAAGGAGCUUCUUGAGAAAUUUCCAGGUACUUCAUGCUGGAGAUGUUCAUGAAAAAUCACAAAAUUCUUUGUACACCCACACUUAUAGGGCAAUUGAGAAGUCAUACUAUAUAAAUCUCUUAUCAGUGUCAUGAAUGCAGGCAUAAAAUCAGUGAUCACCCAUUCCUUUAGCAUUAAUUUUCAUAUGCAGAGGAAAUAAAAAUCCUGAAAUCCAUUUAGAAACAUCUGCAACUUGAUUUUACAUCAGAAAAUUCAUAGUGGGAACUGAAAUACUUUAUGUGGCCCAUUAGCACAAAAUUCAGCAGAGACUCAAGGUUUUGAACAAGAGUUACUGUUGAUGUUAUGUACGAUAACAGUACAGGGUGUGAAGUGAAAUGAGUGUACUGAGUUUUGAAAUUGUAAAAAGUAUUGUGAAGUGAGGUUAAUUCAUUGAUUAGUUCUUGCAUAUAUAUAAGAAACAAAUAUUGUUGCUGAAAAUCUAAUGUUUGCCAUAUUCUAGUUUUCUUUUUAUGCAGUUCCAGUCACAAAGAUUUGAAUCAAUCAGAAAGUAACUUGGAAUGAUAACUCAAAAGUCUAGAAUACAAUGUUAUUAUUCUUUACUAUUGUCUUACUGUUAUAAUCUAUAUGUUCAUGGCAAGGAUGAAGGCAAACAUUGAUAAAUAAAAUCACUUUACAACUAGCGUGUGCUGGUUUGAGUCUCUUAUGCACCCCAUAAAAAGCCAUGUUUGUGAUGCAUUCUUGGGGCAGACUUGUGGGUGGGAACUUUUGAUUAGGAUUUUUCCACUGAGUUGUGACACUGCCCAUUCAAGGUGAGUGUUGGUUAGUUUACUGGGUUCCUUAUGAGACCUAAGAAGCAGGUGCAGAUGUCACUUCGAGAUGCAGACAGAAAGCCUUUUGGAGAUGCUGAGAGAUGAAGCCUAGGAUUUGCCAUGAAGAAGCUAAGAAGACCCCCACACACUUAGAAAUGCCCUGAAAGAAUAAGUAUGGAUGCACAGGAGCUGAGAGAGAGACGAUAAGAGAGACAAGCCCAGAGACAUUUUAGAGAAAUCCACUUGGAAACCAGAAUCCCAGAGCAAAGGAUCGGCAACCAAAUGCCUAUCCAGCUGACCAGUGUUUCAUUUCCCAGGCCUUCCUUCAGUGAUGGUAUCCUCUUAUUGGUGCCUUAGUUUGGACACUUUUAUGGCCUUAAAACUCUAAACUUGUAAACUAAUAAAUCCUGCUUAUAAAUGCUAAUCCAUUUCUGUUAUUUUGCAUAACAUCAGAUUUAGUGAACCAGACAAUAGGGUUUUAUGAUGUGUAAAUACUCUGCUUUUAAAAUACUUAAUGUUUUCAUAAUUUAGUAAGAAAUUAAAAACAAAACUAUUUAAAUAACAUAAAACAUGUCAUGGGGACUUGUGGUUUCAUUGGCCAGAAAAUUCCCAAGUUCAGAACCUGUCAGUGUCAUUCUAUACAUUAGUAUUUUGUUGCAGAAAGGCUUUUGCCAACAACACAGAGAUCACACCAAACAAGGAAAAGAAUGUUAUUUUAUAAUCAUAGGGAGUGUUCAAUUUACAGAAUGCCAAUAAUCAGAGUGUCUAAUUUUCUGGAGGGAGACAUCUGCAUCACCUCCAAUUUAGAAUCAGGGUGCCUUUCUGGUAAUGACACUGCAGCCUACCCAUGGUGAAUGCAUUCCAGUGAGAAAAUAGAACAAGUAUAUUGAGAUUGGAAUUUUGAACUUGUGGCCUAAAUAGGGAGCUCCCUGUUCCUCCACUCCCUCAAAGUCCAAUAUUUCCUGUCAUGUGUUCCAGUGCCUUGUUUUUCUUACACUGCAAUAUUUAGUGCUGAAAUAACUUUAGGUGGAGUCACAACACAGUAAGUUCUUCCUGAUGGAAUUUUUGUAGCUGUUAUUUGAGUUGUCCACUCUAGUAUCCUCUCAACCCUACUCUGUUGGGUGGAAAUGUGCCCUUUUUUGGGUCACUUGUGCUGCAAAUGAGAUAUCAAGAACUGAUUCGUGUCUCCUUGGAUAUCUGAACACUUUGCACAGGUGUUUCUCCGCAGCUACAACAGUGGUUUCAUCUGCCAUAUCAUGCAUGACAAUUACUGUCUCUUACCCAUAGUAUGUGCCUACAAUGUCUUUUGUCUAUGACAAAACUCAUCUCAAUAUCCUCCCCCCUAUGUGGGGCAUGACUCCCAGGGGUGUAAGUCUCCCUGUCAACAUGACUUCCUGGAAUGAGCCUGGCCCUGGCAUUGUGGAAUUGAGAAUGCCUUCUUGACCAA